AUGCGAGGCACACUGUGCCGCGGAAGCUGUGGUCGGCGCCCCGAACUCGAGACGCGGCCGUGUCAGCUGCUGAGGCCGCAUUCCCCGCGACUGCCGCCGCGACACGAGACCCGCGUCCGGCGGGGGGCCGCCUCUCAGGGCUCGUGGUGCUCGCCGGGCUUGGUGUCGGGUGUCCGAGCGGCGCUUGGCGGUGUUUACAAUCCCCUGGAGAUUUGUUUGCGCGGGAGUGAGUCACGGAGCGCGCUGCCGAGGCACGCCGGAGCCCUGCAGGGCGGCAGUUCUGCGGGCAGCCGGUGGCGGCGCGCGCGUCACAGCGCGGCGGGCGCCGCUGCCCGGGCCGCGCUCGGCUGGCGGCCAGUUCUUUGUGUGAGUCGGUGGCGCGAGCACCGUCCGUGGAGCUCCCCGUGCCGCGCGCCGCAUAGCGAGAGACUCAACCGAGCCAGGGCCCAGGAGGCCGCGAGUGCAGCCAGCGAGCCGCCCAGCUCCCGCGUCGCAUACUACCCUCUCUGUGCGUGUGCGCGCCGCGUGCCACCGACCGGCGGCGACGCGGCCGAGUGCGUGCGCCACCGUACUGGAAACGCCAGCGCAGCAGCGUGUGCAGCACUUGUCGCUGAAGGUGACCUUGACGCCGGAACGCUGGAUCUGACGUCGGCAGCCAGGAUUAACCCCGUGCCGUCGGUUGCCGGUGAGUUACACAGAAGAAUGAAGGACUGUGGUGCUAGCUCUGUAACGUCUUCGUGGUGCGGUGAGUACCCACAGUACACAGACGUUUUUGUCACUUUUGUUUUCAUUUUUCACUGUACGUUCAUUCCUUGUACUUGUGAAUAUAUCAGGUUGACUGUUACCGUGUUUAGGCAAUCAUAUGGCUCAACAAGGAUGUUGACGUAUCACCCAUAGGAUACGUCAGUCUCGUCGUGCAAAUUAAAAAUCGACAAAGAUGUAUUCAAAGAUACUGCCGUCGAAUUCAAACUAAUGCGUUUACAAUAAAAGUGCUCUGCUUACUGAAACAGGUCAUAAACUUGAGGAAAUCAAUCCUGGGAAAUUUUUGCACUUCAUGAAUUUUCCCCGCCAUUAACGUUGCUACUCGUCAUCAUAUUACAAAAUGCAACCGUCCGCGCGAAUUUUUCAUCCAACUUUGUGACGCAUAAACAGCAGACCAAGGGUCAUCCGAAUUAUCACAAAGACCCUAACCGAAUCUAAAUAGCCUUUUCCGACAUAAAGUGAGCCAUAUUUUGUCUUCUGUGUUUGAACGUGCUAUACUUGAUCUGUUAAUGUAUAUCCUCUUAAACAUAUUACAAAUCGCGAAUGAGAUUUUACAUGAAACAGCCAGAGGCAUAAACAGCAGUACGUUGAACCCAAAGAGUGUAAGCGAAACCGCGUAGCCUUAUCAUUGAGUAAAUGAGCGUGUGUCGUGUUGUCUGUUAACACGAUUUAUCUCUGCCGUGAGAAACGGUUAUGUGAUUGAUAAUGGCACAGUCAUUUGGUAGGAAACGCUUAUUUCUGUAUAAUUGCUGGGGCUGUGACUCAGUGGAAACGCAAUCGCUGCUAUCUUGAAGGAAACCCGCGCAAGAGCACUAUAUAAUGACAGAACGUAAGGAUUGUGGUUGUUUCUUCCAUUGUUGAAAGAGAUAGUGUGAAUGAGCUAUUACUAAAACACUUACUGCAUGGUUACUCGCGCCAAUUGAUAUGUUUCGCGUACUUUCAAAUGCACGUACAUGCUGCCACGGAUGGCAGAUAACUGUCAAGAGACUCAUAUCGCGCACAUAACAUUAUUUCCACAUGUAUCCUGGCUGCUCUCGAAAAUAUAAAAAGAAGCUUAUGCAAUGAAUCGGGGUAAUUUGUACCCUCAUUAUACCACUAUGUUUGGAAAUACAGGACAUAUUUUGUGUCCUGUAUUACACAUCACAAUAGACGUUGUAACAUUUUACAUCUGUAGUUAGGGGCUGAGGCCUUGAAAAAUUUCAGGUGUAUACUUACUACGCCCUGUUAGAGCAAAAUUUCAGUUGUAAUGCUGGUACAAAGUUAUACUGCCAUUUAGGAUAACGCAAGAUCAGUCUUAAAAAACAAACAAUGUUUCCUAAAUCAUAUGUUCUGGGUAAAUUCAGAUCGUGUCAGAAGGAAGUCAGUUGUUAAUAAGAAGUAAAACUGAACAGUUAAAUUCAUUAUCGCAGAUUUACUUUGAAGUAUCAUGGUAUGUAUAUUUACCUGGCAUUGGUCAACUUAGAUCACUGUCGCUAGAAGGUCUCUUCACAGCCAACGUUAUAAACGGAUAACCAGAUGCCCAAGAGCGUGGACGAAGUUGGAAAGUCAACUGAAAUACUAACUAUAAAUCUCAGAGCUAAUAAAACUGUUGCUAUUAGUACAAAUUAAUGUAAGUAGGAGGAGCAGCAGCCAUUUGAAACAAGAGUCGUAAGUGGUGCAACGAACCCUGACUGGUAAAAGUUACCCUGAUUGACUGUAAUCGGAAUGUUUGUUAGACAGAUUAGGGGACUUCUGAAAGUAUCCCAGCUUAUGUGCUUUACAGAAUAAAAGAAUAGGGCCAGCUCGGCGUAACGGAUUGCCAGCAAAUAGAGUAUCCUCAUUUCUUUUGUCAAAUGCUUACGUUCUACAGCUAAUUUGGGGACUGCCAGUGUGCGGUUUCUUUAGAAAUGUUUCACAUUGGAUAAUUUAUUCAUUCUAAAACAAAUUACUGAGAAGACAUGGGAAUUCAGUGUUGACAUCCACAUAGAUUUCAAACAGCGUUAUAGCAGAGUGAGCUUAUGUGUAAUGCCCUCAAAAUUAAUCAGAUUAAUUAUAUGCGCGUAGACGAUACUUUAUGGCGUAUAAAACACCAGUAGGAGUGACUUGAAAUUUUAAGGCGCACACCGAACUAAGAUAAGGGUAUGCCAUUUCAGCUUCAUUAUUAACUUCGUCUUACAGAAUAUCGAUAGAAAAUGUGCUAAACCUAAACCACAACGGAUACAAUAGCAGGUUGCAAACAUUACUAGAUCUCCCUCUGCGAAUGAGGUAGCGUUAAGCAGUAGGUCCAACUGAACUAAUCAGAAUUAUACAGAACUAUUCCAAAAAUAGG